AAUCACAUAUCAAUUUUUCAUCCCUUCAAAAAUAUGCAAAAACAAAAUCAUAGCCAUUUUAAGCCAGAGAGAUCAUGGUGCCUUGUUAUAUCAUUAGUAGGUUUAUUAGGAGGUGCACUUUUCAUUUCUCUUUUUCUCAGAACAUCAAACAAUUUGAUCGGUUGCAACAACAAUAAAUUAGCUCAGGAGAAAUUUCUCGUUGAUAAUCCACAACAACUCUUGCUGGAUGCAAUUUUACACUACGCUACAUCGCGAGUGAUACCUCAACAAAACAUCAACGAAAUCAGGAUAUCUUUUGACGUUCUGAAAAAUCGUACUCCUUGUAAUUUCCUUGUAUUUGGUUUAGGCCAUGAUUCACAAAUGUGGGCCUCAUUUAAUUCCCGUGGAAACACAUUGUUUCUAGAGGAAGAUCCGAAAUGGGUCGAGACUAUACUAAAAGACGCCCCGUUUGUUCACGCGGAGACCGUGAAAUAUCGGACGAUGUUAUCGGAGGCAGAUGAGUUAGUUGAACAUUUUCAUAAAGAGCCAGAUUGUUCAGCGAAGAAAUCAUUUAUACGUGGCAAUCAUGGCUGUAAAUUAGCAUUAGAUAUGUUAUCGGAUGAAGUUUACAAUAAAGAAUGGGAUCUGAUUAUGAUAGAUGCACCAAGAGGGUAUUUUGCAGAAGCACCAGGUAGAAUGGCAGCUAUUUAUUCGGCAGCAGUUAUGGCGAGAAAUAGGAAAGGAAAAGGCGUUACACAUGUGUUUUUACAUGAUGUUGAACGGAAAGUAGAGAAGAUUUAUGCUGAACUUUUCUUGUGUAGAAAAUAUUUGGUCAAAGGUGUAGGAAGACUUUGGCAUUUUGAGAUUCCUGCAGCUUCUAAUGUGGGAAACAGUUUUUGUUAGAAUUUAUUAAUGCACCUAUCUUUAUUUUACAAUUUUCUUCAGUUUCUUUCCAUUCCCAAUGUUAUUUAUAUAAUAAUGGCAUUGAUUUUUUCAAA